AUGGACAUCUCAAAUAUCUACAAAGACGCUUUAUGCGGAAAGUUGAACAAUGAAAAGCUGAAACAUUAUUUGGCGUUGGGGGAAGAUAUCAACGGUAAGAACACUGGCAUUGCACUCACGCCCCUGAUGGCUGCCGUGGUGCACAGCCGUCAUAAAGUAGUGAAGCUGCUAGUCGACAACGAGGCCGAGACGCACACGGCCUCGGCUGCAGGGCAGACUGCGCUAUGGCUGGCAGCUUCCAAGACAAACAAGCACCGCAAGGAAAUUGUUCAGCUGCUUCUGGAUGCCCCACAGUUUCGGACUGAGGACCUGAACAAGAUCCCCACCAACAGCGGGGAUGGAAACACGCCCGUCAUGGAGGCCGUCCAGCGUGGGGAUGAGGUCAUUGUCAGGAUGCUGGUGGAUGCAGGGGCCGACUUGACGGUGGCGAACCGCGAGGGAAAGCGGGCCAAGGACCUUGCCGAGGAGAGAAAGGACAAGAAAUUGCUCAUCGCUUUGCUGCCGGCCGCGGAGCGCCAUAACCAUCAUCUGCCAAUGAUUGACCGCAUCGCAAAGUUUCUUAGAUGGAUUAUCUUCUGGGUGAACGUGUCUGGACUUGUUGCUGGCGUGCUCAAUGCCAUUUUUGGUCUUACUGGGUGCCAGAACAGCACCAAAGAGGCUGAUACACCAGCUCCAUCGGGUCCUGGAGACUGUAAGACUGUGGAGGAAUUCAAAAACUACGCUAAUGAAAGUGGCCUAGAGCGCUUCUUUCCGAGAGACGAUCAGUUUUUGCAUCGGCUAGUAGACGGUAUCGCCGCAUUCAAGGACAGCCCCAGCCCACUCAAUACGCCUGAGCGAAUCGAUGGUCUCGUCAAACUGGCUCUCUUCCAGCCCAUUCUCUUCUGUGAUGACAGCACAUCGAUGAAGGGACCCACCAGCGCAGCGUCAACAGUGAGCCGCAUCGAGGCGCUGCGCGAUGUAGUCGAGCGAAUCACACGCAUAUGCAAUCUUCUCACUCCCGACGACAACGGUACAGUGAUCCGGUUCAUCAAUCAGAAAGUCACAUGGGGUCCUAUGAAUGCCGACCAGGUCCGCGAAAAGAUGCGAGAUGUUGUGCCUAGAGGAGGGACUAGAAUAGGAACAAACCUUCUGAGCAAAGUGCUGAAGCCCUUUGUGUAUGAGCAAAUAGACGCGGGGGAGAAGGCGGGCAGCGGUAUCUAUCUGAACAGGCCAUACCUGAUCUGUAUCAUCACCGAUGGAUGUCCAACUGAUGGAACCCUGUUUGCGGAGUCCAUGCAAACCUUGGUCUCGUUCGUUGUCUGCCAGAUUGGCGACGAUCCUGGAGCGACAGCCUUCUUGCGGACUCUGAUGGAGAAGAAAAAUGAGUUUGGUGACUCUGUUUAUGUCUGCAAAGGCACGAAUAAUGAUGAUCUAGAAAUCCGCCUUUUCAAUAUUCUCGCGACGCCACUCAUGCGGUAG